GUUGUCGCAGGCGGCUGGCAGCAAGACACGCAUGUCAAACCAGCAGCCGAGACCUCGGAGGUGCGUGGCGUCUCGCAGGUCUUUGCGCAUCCUGCGUUCAGCCAAGAGAUCCUCUUUGACAGCGAUUUCGCGCUGCUUCAGCUGGAUCGACCUGUACCAGAGACCAGCUGCAUCGGACCUGCCUGCCUGCCGGGUGACGACUUCGAGGGUGUCGGGAGCAUGUGCGAGAUCACUGGCUGGGGCAUGCAGCAGUCGGGGGGUGACCUGCCCAGCAUCCUCCAGCAAGCCGUCGUGACCACCGUCGCGCACGACCGUUGUGAGGCGAAUUACGCGCAAGCCAACAGGACAGUGACGAACUCCAUGAUCUGUGCUGCUGGCACAUCUGGGGGAGGAGUGGUGGAUGCAUGCCAAGGAGAUAGCGGUGGCCCACUUGUUUGUUUGCACCGCGAUCGAUUCGUCAUUGCCGGGGUGACCUCUUGGGGUCUGGGAUGCGGUGACGCGCACUAUCCAGGGGUCUACUCUCGAGUGACGGCUGGCUUGGACUGGAUCCGCGACGUUCUGGCGGGCCGACUGAAGAGUCCUGACCGGGGCCGACCACAAGUCGACUUCAAAGGGCGCAUGUGGGCAGUGGUGACUGGCCCCUGCGGCAUCGACCAGGACGGCUGCAUCCAUAGCUCCAGCUUCCCGAGGCAAUACCAGAGCUUGGAGAAGUGCAG